AUGGCUCGGAGAGAUUCUAAGAGUGAGAUUCUAUCUCAAUAUUCACUUACCCCGCCUUCUCUAAAGGAGAUCCGAGGGGCACCAGCUCCAGCGCCCGCACCUGUACACAUAGCUCCUCAGCCACAUGCACCAGAUCAAAUAUGGUUCGAUUCCAAUUUCCAAGGGAGACAGUUUUGGAGUGGAAAGGUACAGGAUGUGAAAGUAGAGUCACGAACCCUUCCGCCUAUCCCUGUGGUUAAUGAGUUUCUUGAUGUUUUUCCCAAUGUGUUUCCGGGCCUUAUUCUAGAGCAGAAGAUUGAGUUUUCUAUUGACAUAUUAACAGAUACUCAGCUGAUAUCUAUUUCUCCUUAUAGAAUGGCACCGGCAAAGCUGAAAAAGUUGAAAGAACAACCGAGGGAUUUGCUUGAAAAAGGCUUUAUCAGGCCUAGUACGUCACCGUGGGGAGCACUUGUGUUAUUUGUGGGGAAGAAAGAUGGUUCCUUGCGGAUAUGUAUUGGUUACAGGUUGUUGAAUAAGGCAACGAUCAAGAAUAAGUACCAGCUCCCAAGGAUUGAUGAUUAG